GAUUGCUUCACGUUGACCUUGCUCUGCUCUUUCCACUCUCGUCACCUCUGUCUCUCAGCGUGUCUGUCGCGGUCCGCGCUCGACCAUCGAUCAACCUCUAUCAUACCAACGUCCAUAUACACGACCUUACCUCGCACUCGUCCCCUCUUUCAAGACAACACCCGUAGACUCGUUCUUAGACCUCCGGAAAACUCUUUUUCAAGAUGUCUAACACUGCUGAGCUCGCUGCUACUUACGCCGCCUUGAUCUUGGCCGACGAGGGUGUCGAAAUCACCGCCGACAAGAUCACCGCCAUCACCUCCGCCGCUUCGGUCGAGGUCGAGCCCAUCUGGGCUUCCCUCCUCGCCAAGGCCCUCGAGGGCAAGGACGUCAAGUCCAUGCUCUCUAACAUCGGAGCUGGUGGUGGUGCCCCCGCCGCCGCUGGUCCCGGUGCCGCUGCCGCUGGUGGUGCCGCUGCCGGUGGUGCCGAGCCCGCUGCCGAGGAGAAGAAGGAGGAGGCCAAGGAGGAGUCCGACGACGACAUGGGAUUCGGACUGUUCGACUAAAC